GCUCCUACUAUGAAAGGAACUCGAUGGUGAAAGCUCACAGGGUCAGACAGCAAUGUAUCUAGUGAACUCUCCCUCAUCAAGUCGGGAGAAGGCAGUCCCUCGAACAACCAAAGGCCAGCUUUUGUACAAACAUGAAGCUGAAGAGAGGACAAGCCCUCAGAAAUCCAAUUGCCAGUUUGCCAGUGAAAUUAGUGAGAGGACCCGUUCUCUACUACAGAUCCUAAAUAAGCUAGAAUUUAGGAGAUUAUUUUUAGUACUUAGUUACAUUGGAAGUAAAAAAUUGGAAACUGUGAUGACUCUGGAUGACGUGAAUGACAUUUUAAGUAUGAAGGACAGGCCGAUGACAUAUUUCGAGUCUAAAAUUUGGGAUUCCUAUGGGAGGCUCUUCUAUGAAAAGUCAGAUCGAAGCGAGUAUUCUGACUGGGAUUGUGGGAAGACUCAUUCCUACAAUUGUUAUGUUAAUCAAGAUGGGAGUUUACAGUUUAAGGGUCCAUAUUUGAGCGUGCCCAAUACUCACAUGCAAAGGUCAUUAGGAGAGCAUAAUGUUAUGACUGUCAAGUUUCUAGGAGAUGGCAUGUGUGGUACAGACAAGGAAGGAAUUCUUGUUGGUUUGAGGCGCUUCCGAUUUUUUGUAUUCAAGGAUGAGCGCAAACGGAAGAAGAAAACCUCAAUUAAGGAAGAGAAAAAAUCCACUGAUUCUGAUCUUAAAUGCUACUUUGUUGAAUUGUCUGGUAAAAAGAUCAGUGAACUAAGACGCCUUUUUAUGCACAUACACACAGUUUCAUCAAUAGAAAAGUGCAUGGCCAGAUUUUCUUUGAUCCUGUCGAAGACCAUAAAGCUUCAAGUUGAUCUUGAUGCUGUUGAAAUUCAGAGAAUUGAAGAUAUACCUUUCCUAGAUGAGAAUGACUCUGUUAUCUUUGAUGAAGAUGGGAAGCCUCUUUUACAUACUGAUGGAACUGGCUACAUCUCUGAAAAUCUAGCCAUGCAGUGUCCAAAAGAUCUAUGCAGAGCUAAAUAUAUGAAGGAUGAAGAUCUUCUGAAGAUUUGUGAUUUUGAGGAUGUAUCACGUCAACAAAAAGGAACAAAAGCUGGGAAUAGGGAACCGCCUUUAUUGAUGCAAGUUAGGUUGUUUUACAAUGGUUGUGCUGUUAAGGGAACUCUUCUGGUAAAUAAGAAGCUUCAACCAGGAAUAGUUCAGAUAAGACCUUCAAUGAUAAAGGUUGAGACAGAUCCAACAUUGCCAGUUGGACGAACGUUUAAUUCACUGGAGAUAGUUGCUGUUAGUCACAAACCUGGAAGAACCUUCUUCUCCAAAUAUUUGAUUGCUCUUUUGAGCUAUGGUGGUGUUCCCGGAGAGUUCUUUCUGAAUUUAGUGACACAUUCUUUGGAAGAGGCACAGAACGUAUACUCCAAUAGGAUUGCAGCUUUGAGAGUUGCCUCGAACCAUGAAGGCAUGGAUGACGGUUUUAUGGCCCAAAGAAUGCUAUCAUCUGGGAUUCCUCUCUCUGAGCCAUAUCUCCAACAAUGUUUGUCAAGACUGGUAAAGGAUGACAAGGCGAAGCUUAAAACAGGGAGGAUACCAAUCAGUGAAAGCUUUUACGUGAUGGGCACUGCUGACCCUACGGGAAGAUUGAACAAUGAUCAAGUCUGUGUUAUCCUUGAGAGUGGUCAAAUUUCGGGCAAGGUGCUAGUAUACAGAAAUCCUGGACUACAUUUUGGAGACAUCCACAUUUUAGACGCGGUAUAUGUGGAGGAGUUGCAAGAGGUUGUUGGCAAUGCCAAGUAUGGUAUAUUCUUCUCGACCAAAGGCGGGAGAUCAGCAGCUUAUGAAAUAGCGACGGGUGAUUUUGAUGGAGACAUGUAUUGGGUUUCCAGAAACCCCGAGCUAUUGACAUAUUUCAAAGCAAGUGAACCAUGGAGUCGCGUUCAUUCGACUCCGGACUCGCAUAAGAUAAAUCCCCUGGAGCUCUCAGAGGAGGAACUAGAACGGGAAUUUUUUCGGCUCUUCUCACAAGCAAGGAAGCCAACUUAUGACAUGGCCACCGCAGCUGAUAGCUGGCUCACAAAUAUGGAUCAACUGCUGAUGUUGUCGGAUGAUAGUGCCUUUAAAAAGGAUGAUUUGAGGAGAAAAAUCAUUCAGUUAAUUGACAUAUAUUAUGAUGCUUUAGAUGCACCUAAAAGUGGAAAAAAUGUCAAAGUUCCCAAUCAUUUGAAGGCCAAAUCAUAUCCUCACUACAUGGAAAGGGGCCCUCGCUUUACUUAUCAUUCCACUUCUAUAUUGGGUCAAAUUUAUGAUAGAGUCGAGGAAUCUAAAACUGAUCAUUUCCCCACAAUAGAAAUCUCGAAACUACCCUGUUUUGAUGUUGAAAUCCCAGAAAUGUACUUGAAUAUGUGGAAGGAUAGAUACGAUGAGUAUCGUAUGGACAUGACCCGGGCCUUGAAUUCGAGAGGUGAAUCAAAAAAUGCUGCUGCCGAUGAGGUGAUCAGAAAAUACAAGCAGUUGUUGUACGAUGCCUCGGACAUGGAAGAAAGUGCGAAAAAAACUGAAGAAAUUGAGAUGGAGGCCCUUGCUAUCUAUCACGUAACAUACGACUUCGCUAAAAAACGGAAUGAUCCUGGAAAAUGCAAAUUUGUAUGGAAUGUGGCAGGGGCUGCACUCUGUAACCUGCAUUCCCAGAAAAUGGCCGGUCCAAAUGAGAGGCCUAUCGUCAUUUUAUCAUCUCUUCUACGCGAUAUCUUGAGAUAAGGAAUCUUAGUAUACAGCAACAUGACAAUGUAUUCUGUUUGAAAAAUAACAAUGAAUGUAGCAUAUAAUCUUUAUCUAUGCACAGGCAAAAUAUCUAUUCCUUUUGCUUUGUGCAAUGUAUGUAUAAUAUCUAUAAUAUAUUAGGUGUCACCGAUGAAUUUAUCAUCUACUGGAGAUUGGAUCUUUGUAAAAGCAGUAGACAUGUGUUGGUCUGCAGGGUAACUUUACAUGUAUAUAUAAAUUUUCUAUUUGCAUUAUUUA